UAUCGAUACACAAAUACUCAAAAGUGAAUUAGUAGUAUUUUAUUGUAGCGAAAAGUUGCAUGAGUACGUGUAGACGUAUUUUGUGUCAAAUGCCGCUUGGAAUUAAUUCAGAACUACAUAAAAGCAUAAUUGUAUAUCAUAGACUUCUUUCGAAUCGUCAAUAAUAUGUGAGCAUAAUGCAAAUAUAUCAAUUAAUUUAUAGUGCUAACCACAAUGAGUAACAGGCCCAGCAACUGUAGUAGCAACAAAGUAUCACACAACACGCACAGAGUUUUAUUAUUGUUGGAUGUGGGAACAAAGUAAUUGCCAAAAUAAUUUAAGUGCAACAAAGAGAAGUAAAAGCCUAGAAGAGAGCACAUUUCAAAGCAAAGACCGAAGUUCGCUUAAAAAUGUAUUCAGUUUUAAUAUUUUAAGCGGGCUUUGCGGGCGGCAAAUCAAUAGGGACACGGAAUCCGAAGAAAUAAAGAAUUAUCUGAAAAUUCGCCCUGGGUCGUCGAAUAAUAAGGACGUUGCCAACUCAACUAAAAGGUUUUCAACGGAUGUGCAUUUAAAAUACGCACGAAAAAGCCAGAUUUUGGGUAGAUCGAAUGUUGCAGAUGCAUCCAAUUAUCUGAACUAUCGCAAUCCACAGUCUGAAUUCGGACCUGUUCAUCGAAGAUGCGAAACACCGACCCUAACCGAAUGUACGAUUGAUCAAAAUUAUAAAAAUUUGAGCAUUUACUUUAACAAUGAGAAAGAACAAUUAGAGAACAGAACUCAUAAAUUGACUAAGACCUCAUUUAGUGACGAUCGAGAAUAUGCUAGGCGACGACGAAAUCCACCUGUGACGCGAACCGCUAAAUCGGUGAAAAAUCAAAAUCAUAUACAAGCUAGUUCUAUAAAGAAGUGCAUUUGGCCACGAAACGAACGGAACAUAUGUUGGCCAUCGCCUUUGGAAAACAAUUUAUUUUGCCUAACAACACCAUCGGUGCUAAUUGAUGCUGUUGCCAGACAUAAAUCUUCGUUAGAAAUCGAUACUGCGGGACUACUGGACGAAAGAAAUGGAGAUUCGGAGCGAAACUUUGAAAUACAAAACUUAUUUCCAUCAGAUACAAAACCUGACUCAUAUGAAUCUGAACUAAAUCUCGAAUCUGACGAGGAUGUAGACCACAAUAGCGAAAGCUGCACUCAUUUACAGUCAAAUGUAUCGAAUAAAGCUCGUAGGCAACUAACUCGUCAAGCUUCAAUACAAAGCCAACUAUCAUCCAUUGAUGAUUCGUCACCACAUAGCGAACGUUAUGGUACGGCAUUUGAAACAUUGGAGGACAUAACUGCUCACGAUUUUGAGAAUAUUUUAAGUCAAGAAUACCAAUCUAAUUCAAAUUUGUUGCCAGCGAGCUCAGUUCGUUUAGUAAUGUCAUUGUCAUCAUAUAGAUCGCAGCAAGCGCAGCAACCGUUGAACAAUUUUACUAAUUCGCAGCAGAACCUCGGCCGCCUAUCACAACUACCUACACCACCAACAAAAGCCCCAUACUCCACGCUGCAACUCGGCUCCAGUUUAAACAAUGUUGAUGAAAAUAAAAGCCAAAAAUUCUUAAGUAAUAGUGAAAUAGUCACUGAAGAAACGGCAAUUAUUGGAACUGCAAACAAUAACCAAAGCGUAACAAGGGUAAAUUGUCGAAAUAAUAAUAACACGAGUAAUAAUAAUAACAGGACGUUAAAUCAUUUCGAUUAUAAUAUACAGCUAAACAAUAAUAUGGUUGGCUCACAGCAACAGACUAAACAUAAUUCUCAAUUGGCGGCAACGAACGCAAUCCGAGAUGCGAGCACUUUUACAAGUAACUUGGAGGCAGCUUCCAUUGAUAUCCAAAUCGAAAAAUCCGUUUCACCCGCCAUGCUAAAAAUUAGUAUGUCACAAAAUCAGCAAACCGCCUGUGGAAUAGAUGGAAGUGGCAGUGGUCAAAUGAAUCCAAAUAGCUUAUCACUUCACUCCUGUACAGUAGUUCCAUUCAAUUUCAAUAGUAGUUAUGGAUCGGCAGUAAUACUUCAGGAGCGUAAACAACAACAUGCGAAACAACUGCCAAUUCCACAUGAAAUAAGCACUUAUAUUGGCGAUAGCUCAACUCAAGAUGCUUCUGGAGUCUCAAAAUCUAUUCAAGCGAGUUCUCUGCCGAAUUCAAUUGUCAGGCCGAAAUUGGAAGCAUCGCCAAUAUUGCCGCGGAAAGAAUUGUCGUUGAAUGCAGCGGCUGUUGAUUCGCUCGCUUUGGUAUCGCAGCAUCAGAAGUCUGUCAUACCAUCGGCCAACGAACAUUAUACAUUUCACGAGCAAAUCAUAAUGUCGGGUCAGCAGAAGAGUGCAUUGCAGGAUAAGCCAAAGGCAUUGGUUGUAUCGCCGCAGCAAGUUAUGAUUCUGUAUAUGCACAAAUUGACCCCAUAUGAACGAACCGAAAUCUUAGCCUAUCCGCAGAUUUAUUUUAUUGGCGCCAAUGCAAAAAAACGCCCGGGUAUUUAUGGACCAAACAAUUCAGAUUAUGACAAUGAACAGGGCGCCUAUAUACAUAUUCCACAUGAUCAUGUUGCCUAUCGCUAUGAAAUGCUGAAAAUAAUUGGCAAAGGUAGCUUUGGUCAAGUAAUUAAGGCAUAUGAUCAUAAGACACACGAACAUGUUGCAUUAAAGAUAGUGCGCAACGAGAAGCGUUUUCAUCGACAGGCACAAGAGGAAAUACGUAUAUUACAUCAUUUGCGGCGCCACGACAAGUACAACACAAUGAAUAUUAUACACAUGUAUGAUUAUUUUGCCUUUCGAAAUCACACAUGCAUCACAUUCGAGUUGCUUAGCAUUAAUCUGUAUGAACUGAUUAAAAAAAAUGGCUUUAAGGGUUUCAGUUUGCAAUUGGUGCGUAAAUUUGCUCACUCUCUGCUUCAAUGCCUGGAUGCACUUUACAAGAAUGAGAUAAUUCAUUGCGAUAUGAAGCCAGAGAACGUAUUACUUAAGCAACAAGGUCGUUCGGGUAUUAAGGUUAUCGAUUUUGGAUCGUCGUGCUUUGAAAGCCAGCGUGUUUACACAUAUAUACAGUCAAGAUUUUAUCGCGCACCAGAAGUUAUUUUGGGCGCAAAAUAUGGUAGAGCUAUUGAUAUGUGGUCUCUCGGUUGCAUUCUUGCUGAGCUUCUAUCUGGGCACGCACUAUUCCCUGGAGAAAAUGAGAGCGAUCAGUUGGCGUGCAUCAUCGAAGUGCUUGGUAUGCCAAGCAAAACGUUAUUGGUGAACUCAAAGCGAGCGAAGACAUUCUUCAGUCCAAAGGGGUAUCCACGUUACUGUACUGUCCGCACCAUGCCCGAUGGAAUGGUCGUUUUAGUUGGUGGGCAGUCGCGGCGGGGAAAACCACGUGGGCCGCCAUGCUCGAAGAGCCUGUCAAAGGCACUAGACGGUUGCAAGGAUCCACUAUUUCUAAACUUUAUUCGUGGCUGUUUGGAAUGGGAUACAGAAAAAAGAUUAACGCCCUCUGAAGCCCUGAAGCAUCCAUGGUUACGUCGUCGUUUGCCUAGACCUCCAAGCAGCACCAGCGGCGGGGCAGGGGAUGGUUCCAGUAGCGCAGGAGGAGGAAAUACUGGAGGAGGUGGUGGGCGAGGAAGUAUUAGUGGUGACCAAUCACCAGUGACGGGUAUAAAAACGAGUUGCGGUAAUGAAACUGUCUCAACAGGAGGAUCGGCCGCCUCCGAAAGAGAGAAUAGCAAUUGCAGUGGACGCGUUAAUCAUGUUGGAUUUGGCAUUCCAGAUUUAAAAUAUGGCAGCAACCAUCUAGCUGUUGCAACGUCAUCUCCAGUUAGUAAUGCGUCACUGCCAGUUGAUCUAUUGGCAGACAUCAUAAGCAAAACGAGCGUAAAGUCUUCUACAUUAGAUAAGUCACCAUUAGAUGAUUCCUUGGAUAGCCGUGGAUAUCCAUCUUCGUUCUUAAAUCAUACUUCUGUCAACGGAUCUGAAUGUUUAUCCACAAUCAAUUCAUUAAUAGGGGCCACCAAAUCCUUGACGCGCUUGUCAGAAGCAACUACAAUCUCAACGCCCACUUUAACAGCUGAUUCGACACUUACUACAAUUAACUUCGAUAUGGAUUGCUAUAAAGCAUAUAAUGCUAAUACAAUUGAUAAGGCAACCAAUAAUAGGCCAUCAAAUGCCAAUUUGCUCCCACACGCACAAAUGAUAAAAGCACCAUCCAAGGAUAUUUAACAGAAUAUGGAAAAAUUUAUUGACAUGCAUCGAAAGGCUUAGGGCGGUGUUUGUUUGUUGUUAGUCUAUAUAAAAUUAACAACACACUGCCAUUACAAGUGAUAGAC